CAGCGAGCGAGGCCAGGAGCCGGGUGCCCCUGCAUGGUUGGAAUCCUGAGCAGCAGCAGGCGCCGAGCAGUGCAGCAGGAGCCAUGGCUCUGCCCUUCCGGAAGGAGUUGGAGAAGUACAAGAAUAUCAACGAAGAUGAAAUACUCAGCAAGCUCUCAGAGGAUGAGCUGAAGCAGCUGGAACAUGUUCUCGAUGACCUUGAUCCUGAGAAUGCCCUGCUGCCAGCGGGAUUUCGGCAGAAGGACCAGACCACUAAACCUGCCACGGGCCCCUUCGACAGAGAGCGCCUGCUCUCCUACCUGGAGAAGCAAGCGCUGGAGCACAAGGACAGGGAAGACUUCGUACCCUUUACAGGGGAAAAGAAAGGAAAAAUAUUUAUCCCUAAAGAAAAACCCGUAGAAACCCGCACAGAAGAGAAAGUGACCCUGGAUCCAGAACUAGAAGAGGCCCUGGCCAGUGCUUCAGAUACCGAGCUCUAUGACCUUGCAGCUGUUCUUGGAGUGCACAACAUGGUCAACAACCCAAAAUUUGAUGAAGCAGGAGCCCGUGGUAAAGAUGGAAAAGGAAUUGUGAGAAAUGUGGUGAAAGGUGAAAAGGUCAAGCCCAUCUUUGAGGAGCCACCUAAUCCAACCAAUGUGGAAGCAAGUUUACAAAGGAUAAAAGCAAAUGAUCCUAAUCUCACAGAAAUUAAUCUCAACAACAUAAAGAAUAUUCCUAUUCCAACGCUGAAAGAAUUUGCAAAAGCUCUGGAAACCAACACGCAUGUGAAGACAUUCAGCCUUGCAGCUACUCGAAGCAAUGACCCCGUAGCUAUUGCAUUUGCAGAUAUGUUGAAAGUGAACAAAACACUGAAGAGUCUGAAUGUAGAAUCCAACUUCAUCACUGGGACAGGGAUUUUGGCACUGAUUGAUGCACUGAAAAAGAAUGAAUCCCUAACAGAGAUUAAAAUUGACAACCAGAGGCAGCAGCUUGGGACAGCUGUAGAGAUGGAGAUUGCCAAGAUGCUGGAGGAGAACUCCAGGAUUCUCAAGUUUGGAUACCAGUUCACAAAACAAGGUCCAAGAACCAGGGUAGCAGCAGCUAUCACUAAAAACAAUGAUCUGGUUCGGAAGAAGCGGGUGGAAGGGGAGCGGCAGUAGCCACAGCAUCGCGGGCACCAGGCAGGACUGGAGGCCACCACCAGCUGCAGUCUCAGAGUGCUCACUGCUCAGAAGGGAAGGCACUGGAAAACAAUUACAGUGGGAGUUGCUGAUUUCUGUUAAUGUCUCCUUUUCACCUUGAAAACAGAGCCUGUUCAUUGUCAAUUUUCACAGUUAAUUUCAUUCUUAUGACAAAGGUUCAUAGUUGGUUUGAUUUUAAUGAAGGAAAUGGUUUGCGGUAUCUGAAGCCAAUAUGCAGCAUCUUAACUGUGUUACUCAGCAUAAUAUAUAGUGACUCUGACCCUUCUUUUAGACACUUUUUGAUAUAUAAAAAUAUGAGCUUGUAUAUGGAUAAGGGAUUCUCUGCUGAAAAUAGAAGUUUUAGGGCCAAGUUCUGCAAUGCCUUAUGUUUGUGAAUAAUCCUUACUUAUGUGUAAUGUCCUGCUGAACUGAAUCCUGCAAUGGGCUGCUCCCAGGAGUAGAACUAGUGGUGCCAGUACAGGUUUGCAGGUUCACCCCUUGAGCCUCUCUCCUGCAGUGGGAUCUGGGCAGCUGGAACCACCUUGGAAUGCACCUGUCACCCUUGUUGAGUCUCCACCCGUCCAGCUCCCCGUGCAGGAUCACGCCUAGACGUAUGAACACUGUCAAAGCGGAUUUGUUUACAUAAGCUUAGGUUAGGUGGAUCAUUUUGCAAUGUUACACUGAUGUUUUUUAUUCUUACUCCACAUUGUAAAGUAAUAUUAGUGCUGCCAAUCCUAUAGACGUUGAAUGUUUUGGGGUUUUUUUUCUAGGCCAACAAGUUUUUGUUUGCUACUAGAAUGCACUGAGCAAUAUUUGUUUUGCUUUGAGCCAUGAGUUUGACUUUUUUUUUAGUUCUGGUAUUUUUGUACAUUUGUUAGCUUUAUAGGACUGUUCUCAGGACCUUUUAGAUGAAGAUUAAUUAAAUACUUAAUCCAGGAGAGCCACUGUGCUACCAGUAAAAGACAUUAAAGGGGUAGUUUUGACAGCUACAUAACUGAUAUUUAUGUGCUGCAGUUGAGGUUUGUCCCUGAAUCACAAGGCACAUGGGUAUUUGUGCCAGUGUUUAUCUGAAUAAGGGCAGAUUUAAGCACAUGCAUAAAUGCUUUGCUAAAUCAUGGCCUUAACUUACAUGCUGGCCAUUAUCCUAACCCAGUGGAAAACACUCACAAAGCAGCAGCUAACCCCAAUGCUCAACAGUGUCGAAAUUUCAGUAAGAAUUCAGUCUGAUGUUUCAUUUUGUGUAUUUUACCAUCUAAAACUACUCUCUGCCACAGUUGUAUCACUGCCAACAGCUGUCUAACAGCCAGAGGUUCAUUUUGGUUACAGGUGUGCAUGCUGUGAGAGCGAAGGGACGCUCAGAUCAGGUGUGUCACACACCCCAAGCUUUCAGAAAGCCGCAGAAAUGCUCCUGCGGCCAGCGCUGUUACCUGGGGCACAUGGCCUCUCUGAGAGCAGGGAUGAAGCACUGCUGCUUGGGGCAGAGCUGGAUGCUGCAGGAUGUCACUGCAGGAUGCUCCUGAGCCAGCAGGGACUGCUGUGGGGCACUGUGCAGCUGGGCAGGCAGGGAUCAGACCUGGGGAGCCCUGGAGCAGUCGGUGGAUGCUUGGCACCCUUCCCUGAGUGAUGUUUUCACCUUGCUGGGGUGUGAGCUAACAGGAUGAACCCUCCCUCUGUGCCUUUUAUAACGGAAAUGGGUUGGUCCGAGGCAAAGCUCUUCCUGUUGGAUGCAGGUCUUUGUAGUGGGGUCCAAAGUGAGUAACACUCACUAAAAUCCCACUUAAAAUACUUGGCUAAAGUCGUUUGCUGAGCUGGGAUAUAAAGUGCAGUAGCCAGUUUACCUCCCUGAGAGCUCCCAGUCUCAACAAUUUCCACUUCUUCCCUUCCUCAGAUUAACUGAAACUUUUGCUUUGCAAGUUAAAAAAAAAAGCACACAGGGGAUUCUUGCUAAGGUUUUCCCUGGAUCCAUGCAGGAUUUGCUGUGAAAAACUUUGAUAUCCCAUUUAAAGAAAUCACAAGUUCUGUAAUACAGUCAUAACUCUGCAUGGGCUUAAAUAGAAUCCUUAAAAAACAUUUGGAUUGCAAGGGGAAUACUGGGCUUUGCACCAUGAAGUUUCAUGCGUGGGAAGAAUCCUCAUCCACAAAGCCUAAAAAUUAUGUUACUGAAAACCUUCAGUGAUAGGAAUGACUCUGCCCCUAAUUAAUUGUUCUUUUCCUUUGAUCCAACCAAGGGACUCCCAAUUACCAAUCUAUUCUUUGAAGACUUUUUAAUGGCUAUUUUUUCUUUACGAGUGGUACGUAUCUGUGUUUAAGGGAAACAAGUGCAAUCCAUUUCUAGUCUUAAUUGCCAUUGGCAGUGUUGGUAUUUGCAUGCAGCGGUUUCUCAAGGAUGGGUUGGUCUGACCGCUUCGCGGUGUCUGCAUGUCCUGCCUAGCUUUGCUCAGAGCCACGUGCGCGGUUACGCAGUCAGGCGGCUCCACGCGUGUUUUGCAGCCCCACUUUGCACCACGGACUGAGGUACCUGGCUGGGGAAAGCCCCGUGGGCUCUCCAUCCCUCCAUCUGCCGUGCCCUUUGCACAGCCACGGUUUCUCUGCAGGGAGGAGCCUCGCCCUGGAGGGAUCAUCUCGAACACCAGCCCUGCCAUGAGCGAGCAGACAGGGCCAGAGCUGUGCAGCCCAUGGCUGGGACCUGGGAGUCUGGCUCCUUCCAGCAUGUGUGAGGAGAGCUCCCAAUCCCUGGCUGUUUUCUCCAGGCAGCUGCUGCCAGCCCCUGCAGGGAGCUCAGUGACCAGGGAUGUCUUUGUUCUGCCUCUUCUGCGUGCUCCACACAAGGCCUUGAUUGUCACCAGCCUUGAGUGUCACAGGUCAGACAUUGCAGCAACAUAAAGAUCUGUUGGAUUCAACAACAGCACGCAGUGGUGAUGCUUGGAGGCAGAUUUUCAUACUAAUACAGGAUUAUUUAGCUGGUUAAAAAUCUCUGCAACUAACAUGAAGGGGGGCAGGAUGCGACAAGUUAUUUCAUAUCCUACUUUCAGACAACACCUGGCAUUGUCAAUGCUGAAUGGGGAACAGGGACAGAAGAGUCCUUUUUUCUUAAACAUUCAGGAGUAACUUUGUCUAUUAUUGCACAUUGCUUUUCAUGUUGACUGCUUCAGUUUGGUUUGUAUUUUUUAUACAGUUUUUUCAUGGGAAAGCUCAACUUUGUGCAUGUCUUAACAUCCAUGUGAAGUGUAGCGUGCACUGAGGACCAUAUGUGUACAUGUAUAAAUGAUGAUGUUAUCUCUGGAACAAAAGUAAUUGCAUGCGCACAGUGUGGUGCAUAUUACUCAAGAGGAAGAGAAUUACCACGCUAUGUAACAGUGACUCCCCAGCAUUGUGGUUUUUCUAAAUAAACCUUCAAAAAGGA